AAAGUUGCUGCACUUCUGGUGUCUCUGCUCUGUAACGCGAGCAGUUUCACACCAUGUUUGUUCCAGCUCUGCUCACCUGUAUUGUGCUGAGAGCAUUCAGUGCUCAAGCUAAAGUAGCUGAAAACUUUGACUGUAAAGAAUUUUUCUACAGAGACACAGAACCGGGGGGAAUGGAUCAGAAUGCCAAGAAAAUCUGUCAGUUUACAGCAAAAUUCGGCCCUCAUUACGCUACGCUGUACUCGGUUUAUCACAGGAUUCCUCUCUACAGCGCCUACAGAUUUGACCCAACAUGCUUCACUGACAGUGGAAGGCCAAGCUUCUGGCAUUUAGAGCCACAGAUUUCCGAACCUGAAGAACAAAAUCUACAUGCUAUGGUCCGUGAGACUCAACAUAAUAAAAACGAUUAUAAAGGAAAUCAAGCCAUCAGCGACGACUACAGUGAAACAGGAUAUGAUCGUGGACACCUGAACCCCAACAGCUUCCAGUGUGGUGAAGGGCGUAUAGCAACGUUCACGCUGACCAAUGCAGCACCUAUGGAUGCGUGCUUCAACCGUAACCAAUGGGCAAAGUGGGAGAAAACUUUGAGGACUUUUUUAAGAGACAAGCUUUCAAGUGACGGUGGUUCUGCUACAGUCUACAUUAUCACAGGUACAGUACCCCCCGAUGAGAAUCUACGGAUACCACAAAGCGAAAUCUCUGAAGAGCCUGAAAGGGUGACGGUGCCGUCUCACAUCUGGACGGCCGUCUGCUAUAAGCACCACUCUGAUGACAGAAAGUCUUUCUCCUUCGGCUAUAUGGGGGAAAACACGCCGGAAGGCAGCAUAAACCUGAUGAGCGUCUUAAACCUGAACACACAAAUACAAAAUCUCUAUCGUCAGCUCUCAUCCAUUUUUGUGGAUGAUUGUUUUCAUGACAAUAAUAAAUUAGAUGGGGUUAAGGUCAAAUUUCAGAAAUUAAUCAAUCUACAAAGCAAGGAGAAGCAAGGAGUCCAAAUGAGCUCAGGCAUGCAAAGCACGUAUCUCGCAUUGAGAAAGGCUGCCGACAGUAACAUCAUACCUGAAAAGAAAUUCAAGGUGAGUGAGAUGACAAUAAAAUUAGCCUUUGACAGCAUGAGCACUUACAACAAUGUAGUAAAGGAUAUGAAGCUUUCUGCUGAAAGCACUUGUCUUAUAACUCUCGUGAAACCACAAGUAAGGGGAAAAAGGGACAUAUCAGGGGUGUCGGAUGCUGUUGAAUGCCUGCUGGUCCCAGAGAAGCAGAAGACUGCAGCUGAUGGAUCGCCCUGCUCGAAAUUCUCUGACUCUACAUACAGCUGUGAAUGUGAAACAAAUGGUGAAAUCAAGUCCUGCUGCUCCACUCCCUGCCUGUACCGGGACAAUCUCAAUUCCUACAGGUGUUACUCAGGCCAGACGCAGAUCGAGUGCUCAGCCCGGUACUCACUCAUCACUUUUAAAGGAGAGAAGUGCUUGGAUGAUCACCCAUGUGCAACAUACGGCAAUGACUACUACUGGUGUAACACCAUCUCUGGCAGCUGGGACUACUGCAGCCCUCCGCUGUGGAGAAGUAUAGCUAAAAACGGGAAGUACUGCCGCAGUGACCAUGCCUGUGCCAAAUAUGGAUCAGGGCAAAUGUGGUGCUACACGGAUGAUGAAGGCAAUUAUGAAGACUGCUGUACUUCUGAUGACUGCCACUUAGCUGUGAAUGGCCAAACCUGCAGGUCUGAUCACAAGUGUGGCUACCAUGGGAAUGAUUACCUGUGGUGCUACACGGACUAUGAAGACAACUGGGAUUACUGUUGCAGAUCAUGUUGAUUAUAGUUGGUUUACAAUUUGUGGUAUGAGUAUAACUAAAGCAGGACUUUGCAAAAUGUACUGGGAGCACUUACUAACCUACAAACUAUCUAACAUAAAAAAAAUAAAGACUGAAAUUAACAGCAGCUUAAAAUGCUUAAACUUAAAGGGUAUAUGUAUGCAAAAACCAAAAAAUCUCAUUAAAAACAUUAAUCUAUAA